UUGAAGUAGGAUGUAAUAAUACAAAUAAUAAUUUUUGACAACGUGUCGAAACAAUAUUGUAUAUCGUUCAGUUUUUGUAUAAUCAGAAUUGUAAAUAGUAAUUUUUUAUCUAUGUUAUUUAAUAUCUUCACUAAUUAAAUUAUUUUUUAUUAACUUAUUGUGAUUCAAAACUUUUAACCUACACGUGUCAACUUUAUGUAUUCAAUAUUUUGUAAAUAAAUUAUUAUGAAUAGCAAUGCAGAUUCUUUUUAAAUAAUAUAGAAUAUUUGAUAUUCAGCAAUAACUUUGAAGACUUGUGAUCGUAUUUUAAUGAUUAUUUUUAAUCUUCUUAACUAUGUUGAGAAAAAGGAAUGUCAAUCUCAAGACUGUCAAGGAACUUGACGCUUUUCCAAAAGUUCCAGAGACUUAUAUAAAUAAAUCUGCAGUUGGAGGCACCUGUUCCUUCAUCACAUUUUGUAUUAUUAUUGUGCUUGUGAUAUCGGAAAUUCGAUACUUCCUAAAUCCUCGUUUAUUUUUCAAAUUCGAACCUGAUACUGAAAUUGAUGCAAAAUUAAGAAUAAAUGUAGAUAUUACAGUAGCUAUGCCAUGCAGUCUAAUUGGAGCUGACAUUUUAGACUCCACAAAUCAAAAUUUAUUAGGCUUCGAACCUCUUCAAGAAGAAGAAACCUGGUGGGAAUUAUCCAUGGAGCAAAGAGCACACUUUGAUGCCUUGAAACACGUGAAUUCGUACCUGAGAGAAGAAUACCAUGCUAUUCAUGAAGUUCUCUGGAAGUCUAAUCGAGCUACAUUUAUAGGUGAAAUGCCUAAAAGAUCAUUAGAACCACUUUAUCGUCCAGAUGCCUGCCGAUUAUAUGGUAGUAUAAAUCUAAAUAAAGUCGCCGGAAACUUCCACAUAACUGCCGGAAAAUCAUUAUCGCUUCCUCGCGGCCAUGUACAUAUUUUUGCAUUCAUGACGAGCCAAGAUUAUAACUUUACUCAUAGAAUAAAUAAAUUUUCAUUUGGGGAAGAAAGUCCUGGAGUAGUUCAGCCUUUAGAAGGCGAUGAGAAAAUUACAGAAGACAAUAUGAUGCUCUACCAGUAUUUCAUUGAAGUUGUUCCAACUGAUAUUUACACAUUAAUGAAAACUACGAAAACUUACCAAUAUAGUGUAAAAGACUAUGAGAGACCAAUUGAUCAUCAAAAAGGGUCCCAUGGUGUACCAGGGAUUUUCUUUAAAUAUGACACAAGUGCUCUUAAAGUAAAAGUAAUAGAGAAUCGUGAAUCUUUGAUUCAAUUUCUAGUUAAGCUUUGUGCAACUGUUGGUGGGAUUUACGUUACAAGUGGAUUAAUUAAUAGUAUUAUACAAGGACUUUGGUACGUCAUUUCUUGCAAAUUUUUUAGGCAACCUGAAGUUAAAGAUAAACGCAGAUUGGCUGAGACAAAUCAUUCUAUUAUAAAAACAUCAAUUACUCCAGUGAAUUUAAUUGAUGUUGCAACUCGAGCAACAAUAGAUGUUACUUUGAAGCCUCAAUAAAAUAUUUUUUGUUGAA